GCGAGACGGAUAUCACGCACGCACGACGACUCCGAAACCUACGACGAGGAAGUCGCGCGCGCGCGCGCGAUUAUACGCGAGUCAAUCUUACGGCGCCGUCACCGCAUCGCGAAGAGUUUAUCAGCGAGAUGAUAGUGGCGGCGCGGCGGCGCAACAGCGACAGCAGCGACAACGGCAACGACACAAACUGCACGCGAUCACGUACGAGCGGCAUGAAGUUGAAGCAAAAGAUAAAAGGAAAGAGGAACAGAAACGAGCAAGGUGCAGAAGGUGCAACUAAAACGAGCAAACUUGGUUCUCGGGAGCCGUCUGGCUCCCUCCAAAUUAUUGUACCGUAUUUACGUCAAUUUACAUUCGAUUUGACAGGUCGCUCAACUGACGUCGUCGCAUUCGUCACCGUCUGUGAAAAUUUAUUGUCGAAUAGGACCAAGAUGCCAAUACCCAAAAAGAGUAAAGAAGACGCGAACAAGGAAGCCUACAGUAUAGAUGCCUCACAGGAAGCCAAAUCCUUUUUAGAGAAAAUCAUGGGUGAUGUGAGCAAAUCUUCGGCGACCAAACAGAUCAUCAUUGGUACCUCAUCAGGAUGGGUAACUGGAUUCGUCACCAUGAAGAUUGGGAAGGUGGCAGCCUGUGCAAUCGGUGGUGGAAUCAUCAUGUUGCAAAUAGCUGCACAUCAGGGUUACAUAAAAAUUAAUUGGGACAAGAUUAUGAGUAAAGCCGAGAAAAUAACAGAUAAAGUGGAAGAAAAGAUUACCGGCGAAGGACCAAAUUUCAUGGAUAAGGCCGAGAGAUUCGUCGAUAAAAAGCUGGAUAAAGCCGAGCGAUUGCUGAAACAAGGGAAGACCUAUACGCGACGCUGGUAUCACAUGUUGACCGGCGGCAACGAUAGCUUCCAGCCAACGGAAUUCCAUUUCUUUCUAGUCUCAUAUGUGGCGGGAGUUGCGAUCGGUAUCGCCACAGCUAACUAGGUAAUAAGUUGCUGCACUCUGAAUGCAACCAAGAGAAAGAUCGACAUCCAUGUCGCGUCAAAAGACAGCUGCUCCACUGCUAUUGACGCACAUGACAACGUCGUCGACGAGUAUAACAAUACAAUCAUGGACGAGGUAAGAAA